AUGAGAGCGUUAGGUGUUAAUCCAACGGAAGCGGAGCUCUUGGUGUUUAUAAAAGAAAUCGUUCCCGAGCAGGAUGGAACGAUAAACAUCGACUUUCCAGAAUUUUUAACCUUCAUGGGAAGACAAAUGAAAAAUAUAAAAGAUGAAGAAGAAUUAAGGGAAGCUUUUAGAAUUUUUGAUAAAGAUGGUACAGGGUACAUAUCGGCGAAAGAACUACACCAUAUAAUAACCCAUCUGGGAGAACCUUUGAGCAGAACCCAAGUUAACAGAAUGAUGAUAGAUGCGGAUACUGACGAAGAUGGACAAAUUAAUUAUGAGGAUUUUGUAACAUUGAUCACUAGUAGUUAUAAAAUGAAAAGUAAUUAUUCGUAA